CAUUUUGCGAACCAUGACGCAUUGCGGUCGUCUUGGGGGAUCCGCUAAAUGCAAGGGCGCUUCAAGGUGUUCUUGUCUUAUAGAGCGUCUCUCUCCUGUUUAUGGUCUACGUUAGGAAUGGUUUGCGGCAGACACUUGUGGACGACGUUUCGAAAGCAUCCGUAGGAUCUUUUUACCGCAAAACGGUUUAUUGCAUGUUCUGUGAGGCAGUACCUGGACAGUUAUUGGUGUUACAGGCGGGCGCAGCAAAGUGAUCCAUGAAGAGUGUAGAGUUUAGAGUUCCUUCAGGUAUCUGCAACUGUUGAAGCCUCAAAGAAGGCUUCAGGGGCAAUCCAGUGGCCACACCUCUGAAAUUACCGGUUAGCAAUCCGGGUCAGCGAUUCCUGGUCUGCAUAAGUGGUCCCUUGCUCCUCUGGUCUCUGUCUCAGUGUCCGGCUUGUUGGAAGGUCGAUCUCCCUGCGCUUGGAGCGUUAGCAUAGGUUCGACACCCUUGCCAGAGUUUAGACCAGCAUGAAGCACACCAUUGGCAAUCCUUAGAGAAAGCUGAUGCGUUGCCAAGGUAGGAGACUGCCCCUUCUUGGUGAACCAAGCAGUGCAUCUGCUUCGUUAGGCUUUGAUCAGCGAAAGAGUCUAGUCAGAUGACCGGUACACCGGUGCAGAUCGGGGGAGUGCACUUUGGGGGAAUCCCGGACCUAGCGGAACUGGUCCCGCAGGGAACACAGAAGGGGCAUAGCGGUUGGGAGAGAGCAACUAGAGGGGAGAAAGACGUGCAAAGGGAGGGCAGGAAUGGCAUGCCACAUCCCAGAGGCAGCUUUCUGGGGCGGCUCUUUAGAAAGUCCCAUCACCAGAAAGAGAAGGUUGAGGAAAAGGCCUCCGGCAAUCGGGUUGCCGAGGCUCCCGCUGAGUUCCUCCCCAUUCCGUGCCCCCCCGAACCGAAUGAGCUCGACAGACCGGUGACCAGCCCUCGGCCUGAAGCGUCAGGCCAGGAGGAGAGCCGGCUGCUUUGGGAGCGCUUGCGGGCUGCCGAAACCCACAAGGGGCCGGGCCCCAUCUCCCCAAUGUUCGCUUUCGAAGCACACGUGAUUGGAAGCCUCACGAAAAAGCACCGGCGGCCGCCCCUGGAUCUUGCGGCGCUCGCAGCGGCAAGGCGGGAGGGGACCUCGGGGGGAGCUGGGCCCAGGGACACGUGGCGACAUCCUACAGAGCAGAGGGACACGUGGCAAGAUUCUGAAGGGCAAAGCGGCGAGCAAAACGAACGGGACGAGACUGGGCGGGAGGGGGCCGGGAUUAUGGGGGAAGUGGAUGCCGGCGUGCAAAAUUUCGCGGAAGAAAGUUCCGUGGUGGGAAUGAACGAUGGGGAUGCGGAAGUGUCUACGGAAUGGAACUCAGCGGAACAGGACGGGUCAAGACGGGGCGACUCGAGGGGGGAGCGAUCUCGAAGCGGAUUGGGUACUGAGGAGGGGGCCGGAAGCGCGGAAGAGAGUGUUUCUGGCGAGCGGCUGCAAGACACCAGUGCGCUGCAAGCGACUGCUGGGGAAGUCCCGGAUGAGACUGCUUCGGACGAGCGGGUGCAAGAAACGGUCGAGCUGCAAAGGAAAGCUGACCAGGAUUUGGAAAGUGUAGAAGAGACUGGUCCGUCCGAGACUCUAGUUCUUUUGGUCCAGUCGGAAACGGAUGCUGAGGGGGAGUCGAUAGAAUCAGACGGAAGCGCUGCGAACGAGCGGUCACAAGUUGUGGCUGAGCCGCAGGCAGAACUAGAGGGGGGUUCGGACCGCGUGCGGACCGGGGACUGGUUGUCGCCUACGUCCGAAGAACGGGCGACCGGACGGCCGAGGGAGUUUGAGUACGAGCGGCAGGCAAGAGCUGGGCGGGAGGAGGCUGACCGCGAGCAUGACACGUGGCAUGCUGCGGAUCCGACGUGGCCGCAGGAAGUCGGAGUCUCUUCUGUAGAGGAUGGUGCAGAAUAUGCGGAGCAAAGGCGGCGUUCGUUAGAGGGCGGGGCAGGGCCAAGUACCGUAAACCGGUCGCAUGGAGGAAAUGCGGAUGAGUAUUUGUUCAGCAACUUAUCGGGUGUAGUGGGGACGGAGGAGAAAGGCACCGGAAGUGAGGGCGGGCACAGUCGAACGAAAGGGAGGGUCCGUGUGAAUGGAAGACAUGCAACAGGUGGGAUUGAGUGGUGGCCAAUAGGCGUGAGAAACGGAGAGACGCAGCGAAGUGGGGCUGCACAUUUGCAGCGCAAAGAUGGGGAUUUCGAAAGAAGGGAUUCGACCGGGUCAGAAAGAUCAACAGGCGUGGCUGAGCGCAGCGCCAACAUGGUAUUCCCAGUCGAAGAUGCUCAGGCGGAUCAUCAAGUACAAGUCCACAGUUCACCAUUCGACGUUGUAGCAUACCGACAUUGAGUUUGUAUAUACUCGCGGCUACGACUUCAAGAUGCAAAUUAGCAACUGAAGUUCAUUUUGACGAUUCAAGUGAUGCAGGCGACCAUCUUAUACGACGACUUGAACUGCAUGAGCCGCCUUUCCCCUUAACUCUAGCUACAGGCUGUUAAAUCACCG